AUGGCAGUGAUUCAGCUUGCAACAGACAACUUCAGUGAGAAAAACGUCCUGGGGCAGGGUGGUUUUGGGAAAGUCUACAAAGGAGUGCUUGCUGAUAAUAUGAAAAUUGCUGUGAAGCGAUUAACUGAUUUUGAGAGCCCUGGUGGAGAUGCAGCAUUUCCACGUGAAGUCGAAAUGAUAAGUGUUGCAGUUCAUAGGAAUCUUUUGAGGUUAAUUGGAUUUUGCACAACACCUACGGAGCGCUUGCUGGGACCCUUCAUGCAAAACUUAAGUGUUGCCUAUCGGCUUCGAGAGAUCAAACCUGGGGAGCCUGUUUUGGAUUGGCCCAGAAGAAAACGGGUAGCAUUGGGUGCUGCACGUGGUCUGGAGUAUCUUCACGAACACUGCAAUCCUAAGAUUAUUCAUCGGGACGUAAAAGCUGCUAAUGUUUUGCUCGAUGAGGAUUUUGAAGCCGUUGUGGGUGAUUUCGGCCUUGCAAAAUUAGUUGAUGUGAGACAGACUAAUGUUACAACUCAAGUUCGUGGGACAAUGGGCCAUAUUGCGCCGGAAUAUUUGUCAACUGGGAAGUCCUCAGAGAGGACUGAUGUUUUUGGUUAUGGAAUUAUGCUUUUAGAGACUGGUCAACGUGCAAUUGACUUCUCACGUCUAGAGGAAGAAGAUGAUGUGCUACUGCUUGACCAUGUAAGACAGUUUAUUCUUCUCAUUGUUUCUUUAUGGAAUUUAUUUCCUCCUCCCUUCCUAUUUUUCUAG